AUGUUCAUGGCAAGGUCUGAAUACGGUACGUCUCUCACCUUCUCCCCCGAAGGCCGCCUCUUCCAAGUCGAGUACUCCCUCGAGGCCAUCAAGCUCGGCUCAACCGCCAUCGGCGUCGCCACCAGCGAGGGCGUGAUCCUGGGCGUCGAGAAGCGCGUGACCUCGACUUUGCUCGAAACCUCGUCAGUCGAGAAGAUCGUCGAGAUCGACCGCCACAUCGGGUGCGCCAUGUCGGGCCUUCAAGCCGACGCGCGCUCCAUGAUUGAGCACGCCCGCGUCGAGUGCCAGAGCCACGCCUUCAACUACAACGAGAAGCUGCGGGUCGAGAGCUGCACGCAGGCCAUUUGUGAUUUGGCCCUGCGCUUCGGGGAGAGCGCCGACGGCGAGGAGAGCAUCAUGUCCCGCCCCUUUGGUGUGGCGCUGCUGAUUGCGGGGUACGAUGAGGACGGUCCGAGUCUGUACCAUGCUGAGCCGUCGGGAACGUUUUAUCGCUAUGAUGCGAAGGCGAUUGGCAGUGGUAGCGAGGGCGCGCAGGCCGAGUUGCAGAAUGAGUAUCACAAGUCCCUCACCAUCGAAGACGCCGAGACACUCGUCCUCAAGACGCUCAAGCAGGUCAUGGAGGAGAAGCUCGACGCCAAGAACGUGCAGCUGGCGAGCGUCACCAAGGACAAGGGCUUCAGGAUAUACACAGACGAGGAGAUGGCCGCUGUUGUUGCGCGGUUGCCCGCCAACUAA